CUCGUCGCUCUGUCGACGUCUGCCCUGCCGGCAGAAACCGUCGACGACAUCAACCCAGCCGCUCGCGGCCUCGCCUUACCGCCUGCCUACUCCCGCUCGCAGGUACAGCCGCUACCAUGGAGGAGGCCGCGAGACGCGUCCGCUGCUGCAUCAUGUUCUUCCUGCUCGCCCUCGCGGGCGCCCACGCCGCAGCAAAGGGGCAAUUUCCCGAGUGGCGCUUUCAGGGACGUGAUGUGGUGGUGAAGAUCCCAAGAGAUUCGUUCCACGAGCCUCAAUCGGCCGCGUGCGAAGCCGCUGCCGCUGCUGCCGCCGCUAAGAACUCCUCUCCCGCACCGGUCCUCAUCAUCGACGCGCCAUCGUGGUUUUGCACGUCCGAUUCUGUCGGCAAUCAUUUGCCACUAUACUUCACCCUUCGAGCCUUGGCCUUGCUGCAUGGCAUCGGAUUCCAGAUGCAGCCGACGUGUGGCCCUAUCAUCCGGGACACGCCCAAAUACAUCACCGGUUGGUUGCCUCAAAGUGCUUCUCCGAACUGGCCGCCCGAGGUCCCUCGUGACCCCGGCACGAUCAUGCGGGAAAUAGAAGGAACCUGCAAAUGUCGCACGAUCAUCACGCAUGCUUGCACUUACGGUUGGCCGUUAUUUGCCGCCGUUUGGGGUCGCGAGAUCCGAGCCGCAGCCGAGCGCUAUUCGGUUGCACGCAACAAGGGGGUGUUGGCAAGCAACGGCUCAAAGACGCAGAAGUACACGUAUGACCUCGAUGAUGCCGUCAUCCACUUUCGCUGUGGGGACAUUAUGGAAAUGGAUGCGUCACGGGGCCCGCUCAAUUCUGGGUUUGUGCCAUUGAGUGUGCUUCUUCGCUACCUGCGCCCACUUGCCCCGCGUUCGGUGGGCAUUGUCACAACACCGCUCGUUGAGAAGUGCAGCAGCAAACUCGAGACCCGAGCCAUGGACUGCAAGCACGGCAAGCAGUGCCACGACAUCCUUGAAGAAGAUGCACGGCCCAAGGGUCAGAAUCCAUGACAAGGACACGACGGUGGGGGCGAUGUCGCGCAUCGCCCUCGCUCAACUCUCCAUCUGCCCACCUAGCACCUUUUGUGUAUGGCCGGCUCUUGGGGCAGUGGAGGGGGUGCUCACUGGCGUUGGGGGUGGGCACAGUAUUGCACUUGAGCCAGGCAAGCGGGCCGCCGCUGCACUUGGAGAAGGGCAUCUGCAUGUGCACGCACUCCACGGUUCAAACGCCAGUAUAUUGUCAAUCAAGCGCAUCAAAGAGGCACAAAUGUCGCCACAGCAAAUUGGACAAUUCCUGGUUGAGCACUAGUAGUAUGUUGUUGACACGGUGGCGGUGGCUCUACCCGGCUCCGGGGAGCAUCGUGAGGUCAGCUUGCGCCUCGUUCUAACAGGCAUGGGAGCCGUGCCUUGCGAUGCGGGACCGCUCCGGCGGUGGUGGCAGCUCCUCCGCCGCCGCAUCGCGGUGGCGCGCCUCGUGCGGCGGCGCCCCGCCGAGCCGCAGCAAAUAGUGCCACUUUCGUAGAAUAGUGCUUGCGUGUUGGCUGUUGCGUCGUUAAGUGGCGAGACCUCGGCACCUCGCGCGAGCGUGCGCGCGCCGCAGGAGAGCGGUGGCCGGUGGGGGCCGGAUACUCUUACAUGCUAUCGGAUAGGCCGAUGACUUUUAAAGG